AUGCCGCCGCGAGUUCGGAGAACCUCCGGCUACCGCGGCGUUCGCGCCUGCCCCUCCGGCAUGUUUUACGCGGAGAUCCGCUCCGGUGACGUACGUCUCGGUCUCGGGACAUUCGAGACCGCCCACGCCCGCGCGUACGAUGCAGCGGCGUGGCGCCUCGGGAGGCUACAGGCGCAGAUGAACUUCUCCAACGCCCGGGCGCGUGAGCAGGCGCAGGACCCCGUGCCUCCGUCGCGGCUAAUCACCGACGAGGACUGCCGCGUCCAGCGUAGGCAGGAGCGCCGCCUCCUCGUCGCUGAGGCGGACGAGUAUGCCAUGACGGAGUGGCGCCAGCGCUUCCCGGAGGAUGUCGCCCGAGAGAAUGAGUUCUGGGCGCAGAGGAGGGUGCAGCGAGCCGCGGAUCGGACGGACAGGCGUCAGUGGAAGGCACUGGCGAUAGCGCAGUGCGAACUGGAACAGACGUCGACCUUUGACGACAUUGAUCCUCGGUGGAAUGAUGCGUUUCUGUCGUUGGACUACACCACCGAGGAGGAGGAUGACAACGAGAAGUAG